AUGCGUCUGUUCCUGCUGGCGGUGCUCCUGUCGUGCUCCUGCGCUCGGGCCGGCUGCGAGCCCAAGAUUGUGAACAUCGGGGCCGUGCUGAGCCAGAAGAGGUACGAGCAGGUCUUCAAAGAUGCCGUGACCCAGGCCAACCAGGUCUACGGCCGGGACAAGUUCAAGCUGACCGCCAUCUCCGUAACGCACAAACUCAACGCCAUCCAGAUGGCUCUGUCCGUGUGCGAGGACCUCAUCUCCAGUCAGGUCUAUGCCAUCCUGGUGAGUCACCCUCCACAGUCCAAUGACCACCUCACCCCGACGCCUGUCUCCUACACUGCAGGCUUCUACCGCAUCCCGGUGGUGGGGCUCACCACCCGCAUGUCCAUCUACUCCGACAAGAGUAUCCACCUGUCCUUUUUGCGGACAGUCCCUCCCUAUUCCCACCAGGCUCACGUCUGGUUCGACCUGAUGCGCGAGUUCAACUGGAACCACAUCAUCCUGAUUGUGAGCGACGACCACGAGGGCCGGGCUGCUCAAAAGAGGCUCGAGACCCUCCUGGAGGAGCGAGAAACAAAGAAUAAAAAAAGGAACUAUGAAAACCUCGACCAACUGUCCUAUGACAACAAGCGAGGACCUAAGGCAGAGAAAGUCCUCCAGUUCAGCCAGGAGACUAACUUAACUGCCCUGCUGCUGGAGGCGAAAGAGCUGGAGGCCCGAGUCAUCAUUCUGUCCGCCAGUGAGGAAGACGCUGCUGCAGUGUACAAGGCUGCCCGCUUCCUCAACAUGACUGGCUCCGGCUACGUGUGGCUGGUGGGCGAGCGCGAGAUGUCGGGUAAAGCCCUGAGUGAGGCGCCAGACGGUCUGAUCGGCCUCCAGCUCAUCAACGGGAAGAAUGAGUCAGCCCAUAUCAAUGAUGCGGUGGCUGUGGUGGCUCAGUCCAUCCAGGAGCUCUUUGAGAAGGAGAAUAUCACUGAACCCCCGAGAGGCUGCGUGGGCAACACCAACAUCUGGAAAACAGGGCCUCUUUUUAAACGGGUGCUGAUGUCGUCGAAAUACCCAGAAGGCUUCACGGGACGAGUAGAGUUCAAUGACGACGGGGACAGAAAAUACGCACACUACAGCAUCCUCAACUACCAGAAGACUCGGCUCAUCCAAGUCGGCAUAUACAACGGAACGCAGGUGGUAAUGAACAAUCAGCGGAAGAUCAUCUGGCCCGGAGGCGAGACGGAGAAACCACAGGGCUUCCAGAUGUCUACUCGAUUAAAGAUAGUGACGAUACACCAGGAGCCAUUUGUGUAUGUGAAGCCCACUAUGCCGGAUGGAACAUGCAAGGAGGAAAUGACAUUAAAUGGAGUCUUAAUUAAAAAGGUUAUCUGCACUGGGCCCAAUGAGACCAUCCCAGGACGCCCAAUUGUGCCCCAAUGUUGCUAUGGGUUCUGUAUUGAUCUGCUGAUCAAGCUGGCUAUGACCAUGAACUUCACCUAUGAAGUGCAUCUGGUGGCUGAUGGAAAGUUUGGAACUCAGGAGCGCGUGAACAACAGCAACAAGAAAGAGUGGAAUGGCAUGAUGGGGGAGCUCCUGGGAGGCCUGGCUGACAUGAUCGUAGCCCCGCUGACUAUAAACAAUGAGCGAGCCCAGUACAUCGAGUUCUCCAAACCGUUCAAAUAUCAAGGCCUCACGAUCCUUGUUAAAAAGGAAAUCCCUCGCAGUACACUGGACUCAUUUAUGCAGCCGUUCCAAAGCACGCUGUGGCUGUUGGUGGGUCUUUCGGUGCAUGUGGUGGCGGUGAUGCUUUACCUACUAGACCGGUUCAGCCCGUUUGGAAGAUUUAAAGUAAAUAGUGAAGAAGAAGAAGAAGACGCCCUCACCUUAUCAUCUGCCAUGUGGUUCUCCUGGGGAGUGUUGCUGAACUCUGGUAUUGGAGAAGGUGCGCCGCGCAGCUUCUCAGCGAGAAUCCUCGGUAUGGUGUGGGCUGGAUUUGCCAUGAUCAUUGUGGCUUCCUAUACUGCCAACCUGGCUGCCUUCCUGGUGUUGGACCGGCCUGAGGAGCGCAUCACCGGCAUUAAUGACCCAAGGCUGCGAAACCCAUCCGACAAGUUCAUCUACGCCACGGUGAAGCAGAGCUCCGUGGACAUCUACUUCCGGCGGCAGGUGGAGCUAAGCACCAUGUACCGCCACAUGGAGAAGCACAACUAUGAGAGUGCCGCCGAGGCCAUCCAGGCCGUGCGUGACAACAAGCUGCAUGCUUUCAUCUGGGACUCUGCGGUGCUGGAGUUUGAAGCCUCGCAGAAGUGCGACCUGGUGACCACGGGAGAGCUGUUUUUCCGUUCGGGCUUUGGCAUAGGCAUGCGCAAGGACAGCCCCUGGAAACAGAAUGUGUCCCUGGCCAUUCUCAGUUCUCAUGAGAACGGCUUCAUGGAAGACCUAGAUAAAACCUGGGUGAGAUACCAGGAGUGUGACUCACGGAGCAAUGCCCCAGCCACACUCACCUUUGAAAACAUGGCAGGUGUCUUCAUGCUGGUGGCUGGAGGCAUUGCAGCAGGGAUCUUCCUCAUCUUCAUCGAAAUCGCCUAUAAGCGCCAUAAAGACGCCCGCAGGAAGCAGAUGCAGCUGGCCUUUGCGGCCGUCAAUGUCUGGAGGAAGAACUUGCAGGAUAGGAAAAGUGGUAGAGCAGAGCCCGACCCCAAAAAGAAAGCCUCUUUUAGGUCCAUCAGUACCACCCUGGCCUCCAGCAUCAAGAGACGUAGGUCCUCCAAAGACAUGCAGUACCCACCCACUGACAUCACGGGCCAACUCAACUUGUCCGACCCGUCUGUCAGCACCGUGGUGUAA